CGUGCUGCGGUCCGCAAGCAUGUCGCUGUUGCGCAGUAUUCUGUUCGUCUUCGUUACUUGCUGCAUUGUCUUCGCUGUGGGCAGCAUAUACGAGCAGGAUUUGGAGAUAUGCAAACAGCCAGAGUACCAUUUCGAGUUGACCGAAUGCGAUAUGGAGAAGGGCCGAUGGAGGGUCCAGGUGCCAACUUCUGGAAUGUGCCAAGACACACUGCCGAGUCCAGCCACAAGGAUCAACGACUGUCGUAUCUCCUGUGACGCUGGUUACUAUUUUGACUUGGGGGAUUUAAAAUGCCGUAUGUGUAGACCUGGUACCUUUUCCCUUGGUGGUGGUGUGCUCUUUGACCAAUGGAAUGAACUUCCUGUGGGUUUCUUUACACAAGUUGAGUCAUUUAGGUCUUCAUUCACUUCAAAUGGCAGAUAUAAUGUUGAAGUUAACUGCAGCAGGUUUGGAUGGCAACCAAAAGGUGAAUUUAUUGCUUCACUUGGAGGGCCAUGUGCAGCUACUCUAACCUACACAGUUCACCUUGUGAAACCAGGAAACAUGACAUAUAUCUACCAAUACUCUGAUAAAGAUGUGAUAUUUGAUUUUGAGGCACAAAAUGACCAGUGCCAAUCAGUUGGUGACUCCAAAGAGUAUCGAUGGCCAUCGUCCACAAGAGAAGGGCAAUGGAAACAGCAAACUAUCCAAUUAAAAACUGGACAAAAUGUCCUGCAGUGGAAAACCAUUGGAAUGGACAUCCAUCAUGGGAAACCGGUAUUGAUUAAAUCGAUCGAAAUCAGUGGAGUUGCAUUUACAUCAUCAUGCACACCAUGUCGUGCAGGGACAUACAGCCCAAGUGGUGCUCGUUCCUGUCUUGAAUGUCCUGAAAAUCACUACUCUACAAGUGAAGCAAGUACUUGCACACCAUGUAAUAACAUAACUGAAUAUGCACCCAGAAUGUCCUCUUCAUGCCUUCGAAGGCAGCCAUGUACACAUAAAGAUUAUUAUGAAACAAGGACUCCUUGUGAUGCAAAUAAUCAGACACAACAUGUAUACCAGUGGUUGCAGCCAAAGAUUUGUCGUGAUGAUGUUAUAAAUGCUGUUCAGUUGCCUGAACCAAGGGAGAAACAAGCGUGUCCACCAUGCAAUCCUGGGAUGGAGUAUGUUAAUGGUUCUACGUGUGAAUUCUGUCCAAAAGAAAUGUAUUCAGAUGGAAAAACAGGUUGCAAAAGAUGUCCGCCAAACACCACUCCAAAUUAUGGUUACCAAAUACUCCAUUGGACAGAAAUGCCGAAAAUGAUGAGUGCAGCUUGCAUCCAGCCAGAUGGUACCCGAUGCAGCAAUGGACUUGGAUGGCAGUGUGCUGGAUCAUAUAUUCACUCUGCUCACAACCAAAACUAUGGUGCAUAUUUGCUUCUUUCAUUAAAUGUUGCUGGUUUUAGAAGCCAAGGAGGAUUCAGUUCCGACCAUCAUCUUGAAGUUGGAAGCAUUUCAUUCUCUUUUGAACUCAUAUGUAGAAGCAAAUGUGAAUUUGUUUUCAUGCAGGGUUCUGAUUCGAAAGAACUCUCUGUAAUUCAAAGGUGGACUGAAUCGCAACCUAGACAAGACUUUGUGCUCGCCUUAAUGCAGAAUGAUUCAUACACAUUUAGCUGGGCAUUUCAAAAACUUCCACUAGAUGAAGACAGUAAUGAAGAAAUGUUGGAAGAUGAUAUUGCCAAAAUUUAUUCCAUUAAUGUGACAAAUACUAUUGAUGGAGGAGCCUCAACUUGUUUACCUUGUCAUCAGGGAACUGAAGAUCAUGGGUGUAUUCCAUGCCCACCAGGUCACUACAUUGACCCUAACACUACAGCAUGUACUCAUUGCCGCAUUGGAAGCACAGUUACAGAUCCAUUAGCUUAUGGUGAAGAAUCAUGUCAACCUUGUGGACCAGGUCUAACAAGUCUCGAUGGAGUAUCUUGUACUACCAACUGUGUCUUCAACAUUGAUGGGCUGCAGUAUGAUCUCCGAUCACUUUCAAAUACAUAUCUGGUCAAAGGCAGUCGUCUGUUCACUGCAUCUGGUGCACAGUACUACCAUUUGUUCAACAUUAGUCUCUGUGGCCAUACAAAAGCACAGUGUUCUAAUAAUGUAUCCUAUCAGACGGAGGGACAAUCAGCACAUGUGAAAUCAUUAAUCUGUCGAACAACAAUUGUUCCCAGUCAGUGGGCUGAAGAAGACCUUGUUUUGUCUACACAAUCAGUGACACUGGGUGAUGAACUUGUUGGUGUUACUAGAAGUAACACAUUUAUGAAUGUGGAUUUUAUUUAUGAGUUUUCUGAUGUUGGUUUUCAGGAUGGGUUGCAUUUUUAUUAUUCAACACCACUUGCUACUCGCUCUUGCCCCCAAGGACGGAAGACAGUAAUUACCUUACUGUGUGCACCAGAUGAGAAAGGAAGUGGAACAAUAACUUUACCAAAGAAAUGUCCUGAUGGAACAUGUGAUGGCUGUAAUUUCAGUUUCUUGUGGUCAAGUGCUGCAGCUUGCCCAGUGUGCACAGAAAAAGAUUAUAGGAUGGUAAAAUCAGAGUGCAUAAAUGGUGUACAGUCAGUUCAUUUUCUGCCACCUUCAGACUGCUUGAUGCCAUUAGACAUGCCACUUACAAGAAGAGUCACAUGUACUGCACAAAUUCCUCUGCAGUUACAGGUUGUGAUUGCAGUAACUAUAGCUCUGGCUUUGUUUCUAUGUGGUCUUAUGAUUUACUUCUGGAAGAAGACACAGAAUCUGGAAUAUAAGUAUAUGAAACUAAAACAGUCAUCAGGUGGCAGAGAUGGUGACGGAGACAACGAACUUGCCCCAGCAGAAAGCUGUGCACUGGAUGAUGGUGAAGAGGAAGAAAUACAGUUCACACAACCUCGAAGUCUUGGAAUACUAAAUCGUAUUAGGAGCAUGAAAAUGAUAGGUGGCAUGGGCGAAUCUGGCAAAUCAUUUGAGACCAUUCAACUGACAAAGUAAAGAAACCUCUAAAAUAUCUUUGGAACUGAUCAAUUAAGGGACCACAGCUCCCUGUACAUGUAAAGUUUGGAGCUCAUAUGGUGGCAGGCUAAGAUGAACAAGCAAAGAGCUGCUGCAACACAGAGAACAUUGUGGAACAUAUCCUUCCAUAGCUACUAAGACAAAAGCUUACAUUUUAUAAGAAUGUUGGAGGUCCCUCAAAAAAUGACAUAAAUGAACUAAGAGGAUUAAAAUUAUUGUACAACACAAUUUGUGCAACAGAAAUGUUAUAGUAUUUAAUCAUUGGAAGAGCUGUACCUUCUUUGUUUCACUUGUUAAAAGAUAAGAUUUAUGAUAUAUAUGUAUUUCUUUUAAUUAAAUUUGCAAACUGUUUUCUACCAAAAAUGGACCUCAAAGAGGAAUGCUGUAAUUUGUAAUGGUGAAUUGUUGUAAUAUUCAGAUCAAUUAUCACUUGUCAUGUGCAUUGACAAUGGAAUAUAUGAAAUUUAUAUUUGUAUUCACGGUCAGUAUAAUAUGAUGACCCUCUUCAAAAUAAGUAGCAAACAUAUCUUCUUUGUUUGCAAGUGUCAUAUUAAUCUACAAAAAGUGACCUAUUUUUUAAAGGUUGUCUAUUGGAAAACAUCACAGAAAUGUGUUACAGAGAAAUGUACUGUU